UAUGACAACUUUUACGAGAAGCCAGUUUUAAGCUAUGCCACUAUUUAGCAGUAAAUUCAAUCCGAAAACAAUUCCGGUCAGAAGACAAGAUACAUCGGUCUUGAAAAAUGAACUCGGCAGUGAUUAUGCCUCAAAGGAACUGUCACUAGAUAUUGGUCCGUUAAAGAUAAAAUUGGGAGAUUUUGAAGUAUCUUUUGAAGAAGGGCAGUGGAUUCCUGCAUCAGGAAGAGCGGGUGCAGCUCAUAAGGAGAAUUUGCGAUUGAAAAACGAACUAGACAGGCUUGAAGAAGAAAAUAACAUGCUAAGAUUGAAAUUCGAAAUACUGUUGGACAUGAUGACUGACAAAACAGUUGAAGCGGAACAAGCUGAACUCCAGCGAUCUCAAAGUUUGUCAAGUUUAAAACAGAAGAGUAAAAAGUCGAAAUGGUGAAAACGUUUUCUGUAAAAUAUCGAUAUAAAUAGAAGAAAAGCCACCCUAAA